AUGGUUGAAAAAAACCAGGUCCAAGAGACCCCUGUAUUAGCCACGUGCUUAACAAGAUCCCUCAGCACGCAUGCGCAGCGUGGCUCCAGCCCGGGAGUGAAUGCACAUGCGCUUGAAGGCCGUGGCGUGCGCGUGCGUGGAACGCUCCCCAUCCCUCGCCGCUCCAUUGGCUUUUCAGUCAAUGGAGUUCUUCCAGAUAAUGGACACUGUGAUCUUCCAAAUCCUCAGCUUGAGAAUGAAAGGUGGAGUGUACCUGGGGAUGGUUUGGUCAAUGGUUUACAACAGUUGGACAGUAAUCUCUCCCAAGAUGAACCAUGCUCCUUUGAGCGCCUGUUAAACUUGGAAAACUACAAAGCACCAAUUAGAUUGGGUGAUAAGAAUAGAAGGACGUUGAAUCCCAGCUCACCGAUCUGUAACAAAGAGAAGCGUUUUAACUGUGACUAUUGUGAAAGGAAAUUUUUUCGUAAAGAGCAUUUAACGAUGCACCUCCGCACACACACGGGUGAGAAACCCUUUGCAUGUGAAGUGUGCGGAAGGGCAUUUGCAGAGAAGUGGAACCUCAAAGAGCAUCGCCGCACCCACACUGGUAUCCGACCUUACCCCUGCCGCUUUUGUGGCAAAGCAUUUUAUCGCAGUUCCCAUCUGAAGGUGCAUGUCCGUCGUCACACUGGAGAGAAACCCUAUAAAUGUGACAACUGCCAUCAAACGUUUGUAGAUUCGUCGUCUCUUCAGAAGCACAGGCGGUUUCCUUCAGUCUGCUGUAAACUUGAGAAUGCAAUAUUCGUGAAUACACAGGGGGUGGAAGCAAUGGAACGCCAAGUGCCAAGAAGUUGUGAUGAAGCUAACAUUGACAACAGGCAGCUAAACCCAUCAGGAAAUAAAGGUAAUAAUCUUGUGGUAAACUUAAUGAUUUGA